GUCAAACUGAAGACGAAAAAAGUCAACUUAAUCAAAUCUGCCUGAAAUUUACAUUUUGUUAAUUCGUGUAUGAAAUCAUUAUAGAUAUAGGAGAAAAAUGACUGAGUUUUUUAAGAUUAUGGUCUGUCUGACUAUCAUCUUCGCCUUGGCGCCAUACGCGUCUGCAAUAAAAUGUUGGAAUUGUCGAUCAAACAAUGAUCCCAAGUGUGCUGACCCUUUCGACAACAGUACCGUACCCAUAACGGAUUGCGUCCAAGAAAAAGGACUGCCUCAUUUGCCGGGCGUGAGGCCGACAAUGUGCCGAAAAAUUAGACAAAAAGUAAAUGGAGAAUGGCGCUACUUCAGAGACUGCGCAUAUCUUGGUGAAGUGGGCAUCCAAGGGGACGAGAGAUUCUGCCUGAUGAGAACUGGUACUUACAACAUAUUCUUAGAGUACUGCACAUGUAACAGCAAGGAUGGUUGUAACGCGUCAUACAUGAUCACACCGACACCUUUAAUGCUGCUGCUACUGGUUGGCUUCAGCUGCUUAUUGAAGUUAUUUUCCUAGUAGAAAAUACCACUUUGACAUUAACCUUGACAGUUUGAAUCUACAAAAACAUCACUUCCAUAGUAAUAUCCAAAAGUUGGUUGUGGAUAAUUAAUCAGAAUUCUUCAAUUGAUUACCUUAGUGUAACUUUUUUUGGUGGGGUUCUAUUGACCCUUACCCUAGUGAACAUAUCAAAAUUAUGACUCAUGUUUCAGACCAUAGAAAUAUGUAUGUAAUAUAGAUAGUUGGUUUCGCCUUUUUUGUGGUUUAGAAAUAGCAAAAUAGAGACCAAGAUAAAGACUAGAUUAUUCAAUAAGUGAAAUAUUGCUUUUUUUCGAAAUUGAUGCCCCAUCACAAAGUCUCUAUUAUUAUCAGUAAAACUUGACUAUUUUUUUGUACCUUUUAAGCUUUAGAUAGACUACAAUUUUAUAUAAAAACUGUAGCUAGAACAAACCUCUGGUUGUGUGAUUAGCACACAUUAAAAAAGUUACUUAAUUUGGUAAAAACCAUAUUUGACUGAAGAAUGACCCAAUACACAAUUGUGCCUUAGCACAUAUAAUGUACAUGUAGUGCCUUCCAGACUAGACUUGUUGUGAAUCUCAUAUUUCCGUACAAACUUUAGAAUGAGUAAAAUAUUAUUAUUAUGUAUGUAUUCAGAAUUUGAUCUUAUAAUUAUGAUUCUUUUUAUCUAUGUCUGAAAUAUAUUUAUGUUUUAGUAUCGAUUAUAAUACUAAUGUUUUGUGACUUCAUUUGUGAAGAAAUGCAUUUAAAAAUUGUAUAUCUAUAAGCAGAUAAUCUGUGGCAAUAAGACUGCACUCCGUCCAUUGCUUUUUAUAUUUAGUGACUGUAGUUAUACUUAAGGUGUAAAAAUAAACUUUUUUACGAAAUUA